CAGCGGGACUCCGGGCCGGGAGCGGACGCCCCCUCGGCCGUCGUCUGCAGCCCGCCGCGCCUCACUUCGGGGAUCCGGGUCUCUCCUGGCUGGCCACCCCGCCGUCCCUCUGCCACCAUGAGGAACAUCUUCAAGAGGAACCAGGAGCCCAUGGUGGCUCCCACCACCACCACCACCACCAUGCCUGCUGAGCCCCUGGACAACUCCACUGAGAGUGGAGGUGCCAGGGAGGGCAAGGGGGACCUGUUUGCCACGUUGAAGGACCGAUUCUUCAAUGAGAUGGUCAAGCUCCCUCUGCCCCCCUGGGCGCUGGGUGCCAUCGCGGUGCUCCUGGGCCUUCUGCUCCUCGCCUGCUGCUUCUGCAUCUGCAAGAAGUGCUGCUGGAAGAAGAAGAAGAACAAGAAGGAGAAGGGCAAGGGCGCCAAGAACGCCAUGAACAUGAAGGACAUGAAGGGUGGCCAGGACGAUGACGACGCCGAGACGGGCCUGACGGAGGGCGAGGGCGAGGGCGAGGCCGAGGAGCCGGAGAACCUGGGGAAGCUGCAGUUCUCUCUGGACUACGACUUCCAGGCCAACCAGCUCACCGUGGGCGUCCUGCAGGCCGCGGAGCUGCCCGCCCUGGACAUGGGCGGCACCUCGGACCCUUAUGUCAAGGUCUUCCUCCUUCCAGACAAGAAGAAGAAAUAUGAGACCAAAGUCCAUCGGAAGACGCUGAACCCUGCCUUCAACGAGACUUUCACCUUCAAGGUGCCCUACCAGGAGCUGGGGGGCAAGACCCUGGUGAUGGCCAUCUACGACUUUGACCGCUUCUCCAAACACGACAUCAUCGGGGAGGUGAAGGUGCCCAUGAACACCGUGGACCUGGGGCAGCCCAUCGAGGAGUGGAGGGACCUGCAGGGCGGAGAGAAGGAGGAGCCGGAGAAGCUGGGUGACAUCUGCACCUCGUUGCGCUACGUGCCCACGGCUGGGAAGCUCACCGUCUGCAUCCUGGAGGCCAAGAACCUCAAGAAGAUGGACGUGGGUGGCCUUUCAGACCCCUACGUGAAGAUCCACCUGAUGCAGAACGGCAAGAGGCUCAAGAAGAAGAAGACGACAGUGAAGAAGAAGACCCUGAACCCGUACUUCAACGAGUCCUUCAGCUUCGAGAUCCCCUUCGAGCAGAUCCAGAAAGUCCAGGUGGUGGUCACCGUGCUGGAUUACGACAAGCUGGGCAAGAACGAAGCCAUCGGCAAGAUCUUCGUGGGCAGCAGCGCCACGGGCACGGAGCUGCGGCACUGGUCCGACAUGCUGGCCAACCCCCGCCGGCCCAUCGCCCAGUGGCACUCACUGAAGCCCGAGGAGGAGGUGGACGCGCUGCUGGGCAAGAACAAGUAGGGGCCGCGGCCAGAGCCGCUGCUGCCUCAGCUGGGCAGCCCUCGAGGCGUCCCUGCCCACCCGUGUGCGGCCGUGCCCUCGCUCCUCUGCCCUCGUCCUCUUUCUAAAGACCCCCUCCCUCCAACGGCGGCUGAGGAGGGCCCCUCGGAGGUGAGAGAAGCCUGGCCCAUCGUCGCCCCGGGAGCUUCCUUGCUGCAUGCCCGCCACCCUCCUCCUCCAAAGCUCCGCCCAGCCCUUACCCCGA